CUAUAGAUGGCGCAUUCCUCGAGAUACUUCAAAUGUAUCUUUUCAUGUCGUCUAAUGUCAAUUUACGUAAAUUAAUUUUGCAUUUUUAAAUUUAAUUCAGAAAGAACACGAAAGAAACCGAAGUUACAAUGACGGCGUUCGAAGAAAUGGGUGUUUUGCCAGAAAUCGCGAAAGCAGUUGAUGAAAUAGAGUGGACACUGCCAACUGAUGUCCAGGCUGAGGCAAUUCCACUAAUUUUGGGUGGUGGAGAUGUAUUAAUGGCUGCAGAAACUGGCAGUGGAAAAACUGGUGCCUUCUGCCUACCAGUUUUGCAAAUUGUAUGGGAAACUUUGAAGGAUUUAGAAUCUGGUAAAAUAGGCAACACGUCUAGCGGACAUUAUCAACCUUCUGCACAUUGGUCAUUAAGUUUAUUUGAUAGAGAUAGUGCAUUAGCUGUAACUCCAGAUGGUUUAAGAUGUCAAAGUCGUGAACAAAAAGAAUGGCAUGGUUGUAGAGCAAAUAAAGGAAUUCAAGGAAAAGACAAGUACUUCUUUGAAGUUAUAGUAACUGAUGAAGGAUUGUGUCGUGUAGGAUGGUCCACAUCACAAGCUUCACUGGAUUUAGGGACAGAUAAGUUUGGUUUUGGGUAUGGUGGUACUGGUAAAAAAUCAAAUGCAAAACAAUUUGAUAAUUAUGGAAAGGCUUUUGGAAUGCAUGAUGUAGUCGGAUGUCUUCUAAAUUUGUCAAAGGGUGAAAUUAGUUUUACAUUGAAUGGCGUGAAUCUGGAUACAGCAUUUACCCUAAAUGCACAACAAAAAUCAUAUACUUUUUAUCCAGCUGUAGUAUUAAAAAAUGCAGAAAUGUCGUUUAAUUUUGGAGCACAACCAUUUAAAUAUCCCCCUUCAAAUGAUUAUAUAGCUGUUGCUUCAGCUCCUAAAGAAGUCAUAAAGGAGAAUCCUAUAAACAGUAGCCAAGCUCAGAAUAAGGAAGAUGGUAAACCUAAAUGUAAUGCUCCCCAAGCUAUAAUAAUGGAACCUUCGAGAGAACUUGCUGAACAAACUUAUAAUCAAAUUCAAAAAUUUAAAAAAUAUUUGAAAGAUCCAGUCAUUAGAGAAUUGUUAGUUAUUGGUGGAGUUAGUGUAAAAGAACAAAUUGCUACAUUAAAUUCUGGCGUGGACAUAGUAGUUGGAACACCAGGCCGUUUAGAAGAUUUAAUACAAGGUGGCUACUUAUCCUUAACACAUUGCAGGUUUUUCAUUUUGGAUGAAGCUGAUGGUCUAUUAAAACAAGGCUACACAGAAUUAAUCGAUCGUUUACACAGACAAAUACCAAAAAUUACAUCAGAUGGGAAAAGAUUACAGAUGAUUGUUUGUUCUGCCACAUUGCAUGCAUUUGAAGUUAAGAAAAUGGCGGAACGUUUGAUGCAUUUUCCAACAUGGGUAGAUUUGAAAGGUGAAGAUGCAGUUCCUGAGACUGUACACCAUGUUGUUGUAAUAGUAGAUCCACAGAAAGAUAAAUCUUGGCAUAAUUUAAAAAAACAUAUAGAAACUGAUGGUGUUCAUAGUAAGGAUAAUAUAAGACCUGGAAAUAACAAUUCUGAGACACUCUCAGAGGCUGUGAAGAUAUUAAAAGGCGAAUACUGUAUUCGUGCUAUUAAAGAACACAACAUGGACAGAGCCAUAAUUUUCUGUAGAACUAAAUUAGACUGUGAUAACUUGGAACGAUAUUUGAAACAAUAUGGAACUCAGUUUUCAUGUGUAUGUCUGCACGGUGAUCGAAAACCCGCAGAACGCAAAUCUAAUUUAGAAAAGUUCAAAAAACAAGAAGCAAAGUUCUUGAUUUGCACCGAUGUUGCAGCUAGAGGUUUAGAUAUUUCAGGACUACCUUUUAUGAUUAAUAUAACUCUACCUGAUGAGAAAUCGAAUUAUGUACAUCGCAUAGGUAGAGUCGGUAGAGCUGAACGAAUGGGAUUAGCAAUUUCAUUAGUUAGUAAAAUUCCUGAAAAAGUAUGGUAUCACGGUGAAUGGUGUUCUUCUCGUGGGAGAAAUUGUUCUAAUACUAAUCUUACUGAUAAAGGUGGUUGUUGCACUUGGUACAACGAACCGAAUUACUUGGCCGAAAUUGAGGAUCAUUUGAAUAUCACAAUUCAACAAGUCGAUGCAGAUAUGAAAAUUCCAGUAAAUGACUUUGAUGGAAAAGUUGUAUAUGGAGAAAAGAGAGCGACCAUGGGUUCUAAUUACCAAAAUCAUGUACAGCAAAUGGCACCAUAUGUGUCCGAAUUGUCUUCUUUGGAAUCAAAGACACAACUUUUGUAUUUGAAGAGACAUCAUAUGGUAAAAACGAACUGAAAUGCUUUGAAGUACUUUAUAAUUAAUUAAGAAUCACGGUUUAUUAUUAAUUAAAUUUUCAAUUAAUUAUUCUAUCUUUGAAUAUUGUAUGUCUAUAUGUUAUACUAGUGUUUGAAUAGUCUCUUAAUAUUUAUAAACAUAGUGUACUUCCAAAUGUAAUAUAUAAAUUUGUUACAAGUAAUACAACAUUUUUAGUUCAUGUAA